GCACCGCCACCCAACCGGAUAAUGACAGCCUAUUCGCGACAUCAUUUUAUUUACUGACGCGAUGUGUUGCAAACCGGGUGUGUAGCGUUAUUUAAAUGUCAUCAACAAAUGCGGGUGCAUCCCGCAGACAGCCAGUCUUCCUGCGCGGCUGUUAAACGUAAACAGUGACUGUACGUUUUCUGAGAGCUCAUCAGGGAAACGUGACCUGCGCCGAGUUUCACGGAGCUUCUCUGGAGACGCCGCUGAGCUGAAUUGCUGCAGCAGCUGGCCGUGUGACUGGAUUUGUUUGCAUGGCUCCGUUAAGGGUGCAGCUCCGACGUAUCUUACUGCGGAGGCCAAAUGAUGCAGCACCGCCGGAGCCAGAUGCUCAGUCUCACAGGACGUGGAUAACACCUGCCCUUGUCAAAAGGCACACACACGCAGCUCAGCAGAGGCGUCGCUUAAUUUUUCUGGCUUGUUGAGUCAUAACUUCAUAACUGCGUUAAAGUUCCUCGCAAUUUCCGGCUCCUGGAAGAGCUGGAGGAAGGUCAGAAAGGCGUGGGAGAUGGAACAGUGAGCUGGGGCUUGGAGGAUGAUGAGGACAUGACCUUAACACGGUGGAGAGGGGUGAUCCUUGGCCCUCCAAGGACAAGUUAUGAAAACAGGAUGUACAAUCUGAAGGUUGAAUGCGGGCCAGGAUACCCAGAAUCACCACCUUUUGUCAGAUUUGUGACAAAGAUAAACUUGAAUGGCGUGCACACCUCCAACGGUGUGGUUGACAUGCAUGCAGUGUCUGCGCUGGCCAAGUGGCAGAACUCCUACAGUAUCCGGAUGGUGCUGCUGGAGCUGCGACGGCUUAUGACCUGCAAGGAAAACAUGAAGCUUCCUCAGCCACCUGAAGGGCAGAUUUACACCAACUGAGCCCAUGCUACUUUUGACUCCAUUUUUUCCCCUUUUUGUUCCUCACCUCUUCUCUUCUCUCUCUGUUUUGCUUUCAUCCCUUUAUACCCAUCCUCUGCCAUGUGACAUUCCACCUCCUGCCAACAUCUUGGCUGAGCAGACACAAAACAGAAAACUUAUGAAUACAAGCAGAUACAUGCAGACAUACACGCAGACACGGCUGUAUACACACACUUAAGCACUCAUUAAAUUCAUUCCAGCCCUCGGCCCUCUCCCUUCACUGGAGCUCUGGGUGGACUCGAGUCCUCAGUCCACACCAGAUACGAUCAUACAAAUACUGUACAUCUUACUAAUCUUUUUUUUUUAUUAUUAUUUGUUUAAAAUGCAGAUUGUAAUAACAUAAAUAAUCUUAUUGAGUGUA